GCAAUCCAAUGGGACAUCUAACCUUUCCUUUGCGGCUCUUUGCCAUUAAAUUGGACUAAACUAAGUUUCCGGUUUAAUGUUUCAGGUUUCAACCUCUUCUUGGUCUUAAGGAUUCAAGUACGCUUUGAUGCGCGUCCCAUCUUUGCGUAUGGCUGUCAGGGUCAUUCCAGGUUAUCGGCGAUUUUUAGUUGUGUAUGACCACAAGCUUCCAUCACGGGACCCUUCAAUCGGCUUCAAAUCACCACUCAGGCUAAGCCAUGAGCUCUGUGGUGUUUACAUAUAUUCUCUCUGUUGAAUUUUGCAUCAAUUCUCUCAUUACCACUGCGCCAUCUCUGAACGCUUCUAGAGAAAUUUUAGUUCCCUCGUGAACGCUCUUGCUCGGUUGUGGUUGCGACGUCGCACGUUAAUUUUGCAGCUGUCUCAUCUUUCUGCUUUAAGACCCACCGCAAUGAUAUCUUUGUAGUCCAGAAAUUGAUCUUUUUUCUUCGAAAUUACAUCAACCAACACAUGAAACACAUGCGUUGUGCUUGAAUGUGACUGUGCAAGGCGUUAUUUGACCCUGCAACAUAAAAGCGAUUAUAAAAUAGCUGAGCGGGUCCAGUUUCAUGGGAUUCACCUCUCUGACAUAGGAAUCACCAGCUACAGGUAUGACCGUGCCGAAUAUUGGGCUCUGAUCCAAGUUCAUGGUGCCGUGCUUUCUACGAGGAAUCCCAAUAUAUUUGCCUGGUCAUACCACCCACUUCGUUGUGGAUUGGGGUUGGUGUUCUCUUCCCUGUCAGCGAUUAUGUUUGUCUAAAUAGGAAUGCCAAUCACGAUUCUUCCGAAGAGUUUUCCACUUCAAUAUUCUGAGAACCCCUCUAUCAGGCUCUGUUGCUUGCUCGUGUUCAUAGAUCGUGGCACCAUCACUAAUCCUCAAUAUCCUCAAACCAUAAAGCAACAGCUUCAUGUUAGCCGUUCACUUAGAACUGAACCAACGCACGAGUCGAAGAGGUUUGGUAUCACAUCACUGACAAAUCCUAACAGCGGCUUCUGUACACACAUUGAGGGGACAUGGAAGAUCGAUACUUCCCGAACACAUUGAGCGAUUACGUCGCCCCGUUGCUAGGCGGCAACGGGAACCCACACUCGCAAUGCGAACCAGGCAGAACUCCAGAAGGAUCCUUCUCUGAGCCCAGUGUUGUGCUCAAGGCUGCCAUUGCCUUGAGAGAUGAGGUUCUUGAGGCGACGUGGAUUCGACAUGGGCCACGAGUUUCAGACCCAACCAUGUACGUAGGUAUGCUUGGAACAGCGUUUUUGUGCUUCAAGGUACACCAAACCACUGGGAGCAUAGAAGACCUUGACAUAUGCUGCAACAUCGUCGAUAGCUGUGCGGUUGCGGCAGAAUCCAUGAAACAGUACGUUACAUUUUUAUGCGGACAAUCUGGCAUUUAUGCUCUGGGGGCAGCAGCUGCCAAAUGCAAAGGAGAUCAGAAACGGCUUGAUUGGUAUCUUAGCCUUUUCAAUGCGAUUGCGGAACAGAGUGUUCUUGCAGUGGGGCCGGCAGAGGGUGGGCUGGGCAUGCCCUAUGAGCUCAUGUAUGGACGAGCUGGGUUUCUCUGGGCUGCACUUUUCGUGAACAAAUAUGUUGGGGAAGAAACCAUCCCCUGGAGUGUUACAGGCCCAGUGGUGGACGCGGUGAUGGCGGCAGGAAGAGCUGGAGCGUCACACACACAGUGUCCUCUGAUGUAUCAGUGGCAAGGCACUCGGUACUGGGGAGCUGCGCAUGGUUUGGCUGGAAUCAUGCACGUUCUGAUGCACUUCCCACUCAACCACGAGGACAUGAAGGAUGUGAAAGGAACUCUUCGUUAUAUGAUCAAGGGUCGGUUUUCUAGCGGCAACUACCCAUCAAGUGAAGGCAGCACAAGAGAUAGACUGGUUCAUUGGUGCUACGGAGCUCCGGGGAUGGCACUAACUCUUUGCAAAGCCGCUCAGGUUUAUCCCGAGUGUAAGGAUUUCAAGCUAGCUGCAAUAGAAGCAGGUGAGGUGGUGUGGAAGCGAGGUUUGUUGCGACGGCUAGGACUAUGCCAUGGUAUUAGUGGUAACGCCUACGUGUUUUUGGCUUUGUAUCGAUUGUGUGGAGAGAAGAAACAUCUAUUCCGAGCUCACCAAUUUGGCAAAUUCCUGCACAAGAAUGCAAAGCAAUUGAUCAGGAAUGGGGAGAUGCAUGGCGGUGACCAUGGAUACUCUUUGUAUGAAGGGUGGGCAGGGACUGCUUGCCUAUGGUUGGACUUGGCCGGAGCUGAUGCUUCCCGGUUUCCUGGUUAUGAGUUUUGACUAGCGACUAGGGUUUUGUGUA